GAUCUGGAAACGCGAGAAGCUUCAGCUCAGGAAAACCUGCAGAAUUUGCGUGCUUCUAUGGAGGAGCGUCAAGCAGUCCUUGAGUCCAUGCUUCGUCCAAGAUUGCACGCAUUGGAAGUAGAGGCAGCCAGCGAAUCUCAAGAUGUGGCCCUUGAGAAGGCUGAAGAGGCUGCUCAGAUUCGAGCUCGACUGGAGCGUGAGCACCAGGAGGCCAGGGAUGGUGCUGCUGCCGCAGCUGACGAGUUGCGGAGGGUUUCUGUAGCCUGUGACAAAG